AAUCAAAACCCACCUAAUCACAAAGAAAGCAUUAACUCUCAACACUCUCUUUCUUUAAUCAAUAAAUAGUCAAUAAUGACUCCUUUUUAUUUUAUAUACUUGUGCUUACAAUUUCAACCCCAACUACAUCCCUCCUCAAGUCUCUCCUCCGGCCACCUGAAUCUAUUGGGAUGCUGCGAUCACCUCUCCUCCUCUUCUUUUUCUUCUAUCCCAGUUUUGGCGUUGACUUCCUCUUUAACUCCUUCAAUGCCACAAACCCUGGAGUCACUCUAAUCCCAGAUGCCAGAGUCGACACCUCGGUGAUCAGACUCCUCAACGAUACCAACCCGAACUCACUUGGACGUGCUUUUUAUCCGACAAAAAUCAAGAUGAAACAAACCCAGAACUCAACAACGACUCUCUCUUCCUUUUCAACUUCUUUUGUCUUCUCCAUAUUGCCUAACAUUGCUUCAAGUCCUGGCUUUGGUCUUGCUUUUGUUCUCUCUAACUGGACUAACCCACCUGGUGCUCUUACUGGCCAAUACUUUGGUCUUUUUACCAAUACAACUGUACGCUCUGCGGCGCCACUUUUAGCUGUUGAAUUUGAUACUGGGCAGAACCCAGAAUUUAAUGAUCCUGAUAGGAAUCAUAUUGGUAUUGAUUUGAACAACCCUGUGUCUGCUUUAACUAUGCCCGGUGGAUACAAUUCUACUGCUGGCUUUGUGCCUGUCAGUAUGGGAAACGGUCAGAAUGUCCGAGCGUGGAUUGAUUUCGAUGGGCCUAAUUUUCAGAUUAAUGUUACUGUAGCCCCUGUUGGUGUUUCUCGCCCAUCUGUGCCGAUACUUAGUUUUAAAGAUCCUGUGAUUGCGAAUUAUACUUCUGAGGAGAUGUAUGUGGGGUUUUCCGCUUCAAAAGUUACUUGGGUUGAAGCACAAAGGGUUUUAGCUUGGAGUUUUAGUGAUACAGGUGUUGCUAGAGAUAUAAAUGUUACGAAUUUGCCUGUUUUUAGCCUACCAUCUUCGUCGAAUUCGUUGUCAGCUGGUUCUAUUGCUGGGAUAACGAUUGGCUGUGUUGUUUUGUUUGUGAUUUGCGUGUUUGUGGUUUCUUGGUUUUGGUAUAAGCAGAAGUUGAGAGAUUCAGAAGAGGAUGAGAUUGAAGAUUGGGAGCUUGAAUAUUGGCCUCAUAGAUUUUCCUAUGGAGAAUUAAGUCAAGCCACUAAUGGAUUCUCCAUAGAUCAGCUUUUGGGCUCAGGUGGAUUUGGGAAAGUGUACAGAGGAACUCUCUCAAACAAUUCUGAUAUUGCUGUCAAAUGCGUGAAUCAUGACUCUAAACAAGGCCUAAGAGAGUUCAUGGCUGAGAUAUCGAGCAUGGGCAGGCUGCAACAUAAGAACUUAGUUCAAAUGCGAGGCUGGUGUAGAAAAGCCAGUGAGCUUAUGCUUGUCUAUGAUUACAUGCCCAAUGGCAGCCUCGAUCGUUACAUAUUCCACAAGCCUAAGAAGCUAUUGAACUGGCAACAACGCCGCCAAGUCCUUGCUGAUGUAGCUGAAGGAUUAAACUAUCUCCAUCAUGGCUGGGAAAAGGUAGUUGUGCACAGGGAUGUUAAAUCAAGCAAUAUAUUGUUAGAUUCAGAUAUGCGAGGCAGGCUUGGAGAUUUUGGCCUUGCAAAACUUUAUAGUCACAAUGAAGUACCUAAUACAACUAGAGUAGUUGGUACAUUGGGAUACUUGGCUCCUGAGAUGGCAACAAUGGCUAUAGCAACAUCCGCAAGUGAUGUCUAUAGUUUUGGAGUUGUGAUAUUGGAGGUGGUUUGUGGUAGAAAGCCGGUAGAAAUGGGAUCAAACGAGGAUGAGGAUUCAGUGCUGAUUGACGUGGUGAGAGAUCUGUAUGCUACAGGGAAGGUGGUCGAGGCAGUGGAUGAAAGAAUGAAGGGGGAGUUUGUGGCAGAGGAAAUGGAGUUGGUGUUGAAGCUUGGAUUGGUUUGUUGUCAUCCUGAUUCCCAAAGGAGGCCUAGUAUGCGGGAGGUGGUGGCAAUUUUGGUUGGGGAAGAUGUGGCUGCCGCACCUGCUGAGUUGUUGAAUGUUUUGGCUAGUGGUGGCAGAGUCGGUGAUGGUAGUAAUCAUGGCGGUGAAGAGGUGGCUCCAACGCUAGAUGAACCGCAGGCAGCGUUUGGAGUGCGGUGGAUCAUUUGUUAACCAGGCAUAAUUCAGACUGGACCAAGUCCAGCUCAUGACUGAUUAAUGGAGGACCCUUUUUUAUCAUUUAUUGCUUGCAAGAUUCCCAUUGGCAACAGUGACGGUCUUAUCCUUGCCGUUUGCAGUGGCUACAGAGAAAUAUAAUGACAAUUGAAAAAGAAGGUUCCUGUUUAAAAGCCAAUCCAAUUAUGACAUCUGGUGAUAAUAUAUGGCUCUUUAUCUUGCUUCCAUUUGUGUAUUAAGUUGUGUUUGAUAAUUUUCCACUACAGAAUCAAAGAUAAGGAAGCAAGUAUCCGUGUC